CAUUAGAGACAAGAAAUUAUUGAAAAAAUAGCUCAAAUAAGGUGAUUACGGGCUGAAUAUCUUUAGAACAUUUAUUUUAAAAUGAUUUAAGGAGCUCUGCCUCCAGUGAACUACUACAAUGGACCACUUUAUAGAGGAAGAAGAACAGUUUAUUAUCACAAUAAAGGAGGAAAUAGAUGUGGAUUUUACAGAUGAGCAAAAUGUUGGUAGUGAGAGUAUGGAAUGCCAGAACACCUCUAACAGUACAUUUGUUCAAACAGAGACUGAACAUUUCACAGUCAAAACAGAGGAUAUAACAGCGUUGGAUGCUAGUCACAUAACUCGUGGCACAGACAUAGAGGUGGAGAUUAAAUACAAUGGAUAUAUGAUGGAUCACUGUUUUGAGGCUGCGGGGAAAGAAUCAGGAAGUCUCUGUUCGGGCCUCGAAGCUAGUACUCCAUUGGAACAAAACAUCACAAAUGCACUUCCCAAAACACCAAAAACUAGCAAGUCUCUGGACAAGAAGCCAAAACGCGGCCCCGGACGCCCUAAAAAGCGUACGUCUUACCACACCCGAGCGGAGCUAAAUCGUGAAGAAAAAGAAGCAAAAAAGGUUGCCACAAAAAGUUUUACAGAACAUCCGGAAGUAAAUAGGGUUGCCACAAACACAUUUACAGAAGAACAUGCGAAAGUAAAUAGGGUUGCCACAAACACAUUUACAGAAGAACAUGCGAAAGUAAAUAGGGUUGCCACAAACACAUUUACAGAAGAACAUGCGAAAGUAAAUAGGGUUGCCACAAACACAUUUACAGAAGAACAUGCGAAAGUAAAUAGGGUUGCCGUUCAAAGAUAUGCAGAAAAACGUAAAGAGGCACACAGGACUACAGUGAAACGCUAUGCAGAAAAACAUCCAGAAGUGAAUAGGGCUGCAGUAAAACGUUAUGCGCAGAGAAACCCACAUAUUAAACGAAAAUCGACGGCGUUGUACUACGCAAAGAAAAAGUUAUUGAAUAACACUGAAAGUGGCGAAAAUUACAAGGAAAUAAAAUUGGAAACCAUACCAGACAACAUCGCCAUUUGCGAAAUCCCAGAUUUGAAGAAAGUUAAACUUGAAGACACAGAAACAAAUUAUAACGAAAACGAACAAAGCGCAGUAACGACAAAUAAACCAGAUAACGCUAUAUUACAUACGUACGUGUGCGACCACUGCCUCCUCCCGUUUGAAUCGAGAGUUACAUUAGUUACACACAUCCUUCAAUUCGAGAUUUAUCCUCAUAAAAUAACAAAUUUAAGCUACGAAGAAGCUAGCACACCGAAAAAGCGAAUGCAUGAAUGUGAAAUAUGCAAGAAACAAUUAACACGGCUCGGUGAUCUAAAGAAUCACAUGAAAACUCACACGGGCGAGAAUCAAUACAAGUGUGGUGUUUGUAACAGAAGUUUUAGCCGUUUCAAUUAUUUGAAGCGUCAUUUAGAAACUCACAAAGGUGGAUGCAGAUAUAAAUGUGACUUUGCGAACUGUGAGACACAAUGCAGGGAUUCAACAGCUCUAAGAAUGCAUCUGAGAUCACACACCGGGGAGAAACCAUACAAGUGCAAUAUUUGUGAGAAAGGAUUUUCUCGAGAAGAGAAUAUGAAGCGACAUGUGAGAUAUCACGUUGGUGAAAAGAAAUUCGAGUGUGAUGUCUGCAGCAAACGAUUUGCAUCCAAAGCUGAUCUGAUUAGGCAUUUAAGAGUUCACAUUGUUAAAAGUCCAUACACAUGUGAUGUUUAUAGUAAAAGAUUUCCAGAUAGAGCGAAUAGGAAUUGCCAAAGAAGUAACCACGCGGGCGAAUACCCAUACAAGUGUGAUUAUUGUAAAAAAGAAUUUGCAGAGCACGCAGGCCAUAGGAAACCUAUGAAACUUCUGCGACGUAAAAAGCGAUACGAGUGCAAAAUUUGCAAAAAAAGCUUUACACUCAAGCAUAGCUUGAAAAGACACGUCGAUAGCAUCCACCUAAAGAAUGAUAAGCCGUACCGGUGCGAUGUUUGCGACAAACGAUUUAGUUUAGCAUCAAAAUUGGAUAUUCAUCAUAAGCACUCACGUUGUGUAGCUAAUAGUGCAGGCACGUGAACACAACACCCUGACAUUUAAGGCAAACGUAUGUUAACGCUCUAAGGCGGAUCCUAGACCUACAAUAAUAUUGUGCAAUAAUUUUUAAAAUGACGUUUGCGCAAUCUUCAAUAUAACCCUAGACGAUGAAUUAUAUUGCACAGUUGACAAUAUUACGCAAUAUAAUUGAUCGUCUAGGGUCCGCCUAAGAGUUUUUUUUUAUUAAAAUUGAAUAUUUACCAAAAAAUAACUAAGCGCUACUGUGAUUAAUUUUCUUAUGAUAAUUUGUGUUGUGAUAAGAGGUGGCGUAACGGAUAAGAUCUCGGCUAUCAUUCGGGAAGUCGUGGGUUUCAAUCCUACCAUAUACCAUUGAAUUCUUAAGAAAUAUGCAAUUUAAGUAAAAAUGCCACGUGCCCUUACGGUGAUGGAAAACAUCGUGAGGAAAACUGCACAUCUAGAUUCAUCUAUUUGUCUUUAUAUCACCCGUUACGGCUAAUAAUAAUAUAUGUAAUCUGUGAUCCCUAUUACACCUACUACUAAGUAUUACCAUUUAAAUUUAUUAUUGAUGAUAAUAAACACAGUGUUUAACACUUUA